CGACGAGACAGCAGCGGUAAACAAACUUGACCAAGUUUGAAACUGAAAGCAAGAACUUACGUAACAUGCGGAAUCUUUACAUAAGUUCAGAGAAUGAGAUGUAGGAAUAAAACUUGCUUCAUUUGUUGGAUUGUGAAGGGUUUUGCAGACUUUUGAGGCUGUUGUUGAACUAUUUUUAUUUCGUUUACGAUUCUGAAUAUCAGACAUCAUGGCAUUCUCAUCUUUAGCCGGUACUUCAGUUUUAACACUUUCAGCAAGAUGUUUUUCUAAUUCCUUAAAAGGAAAGAAUUAUAUGUCGCAAUUUCUUCAAAGAAGUAAGACAACUUGGCUUGCACGACGACCAAUAUUUCCUAAGGAUUUUCAAGUGUCUUGGCAGUUCUUCAAAAACAAUACAUCACUUUCAUUUGUGACACACCCUGAAAUUUCUUCAAAAGCAUCAAAGUAUGUUGGAACAUGGCUUUUAUGUUGUAGUGGAAUGGUUAUUGGAUCUGUUGUCCUUGGUGGAAUCACUAGAUUGACUAAAUCUGGGUUAUCCAUGGUGGACUGGCAUUUGUUUAAAGAGUUUCCUCCUCUGAGUCGAGAACAGUGGCAGGCAGAGUUUGAGAAAUAUAAACAGUUUCCCGAAUUCAAACAAAAUAAUACAGAAAUGACACUUGAAGAAUUUAAGUGGAUAUGGCAUAUGGAGUAUGGCCAUCGUAUGUGGGGGCGAGCUGUUGGCGCCAUUUUUCUUUUCCCUGCUAUUUAUUUUUGGAGAAAAAACUGGUUUAAACCUGGGGUUAAACCUCGCAUUGUUAUUUUCGGAAGCUUAAUUUUAUUACAGGGUUUAUUAGGAUGGUACAUGGUGAAAAGUGGUUUAGAGGAAAAACCUGAACCUGAUGGAGUUGCAAGAGUGAGCCAGUAUCGUCUUGCUGCACAUCUGGGAAUGGCUUUUUUGUUAUAUAGCUUAAUGUUGUGGAGUGGCCUUAGUCACCUGCUAUCACCACUUAGGAUAGAAGGCACCAAAGACAUUUUGAAGUUCCGAAGAUUUGCACAUGGUGUGAAAGGACUUAUAUUUCUUACAGCCUUUAGUGGAGCCUUUGUUGCUGGAAUAGAAGCUGGGCUUGUGUACAAUACCUUCCCCAAAAUGGCUGACAGGUGGAUACCGUCAGAUAUCUCUGCCUUUACACCAAAAUGGAAAAAUAUCACAGAAAAUCCUACAACUACACAGUUCAAUCACAGAUUAUUGGGAGAAACAGUGUUCUGUGCUACCUCAGGACUUUGGUGGUAUUCUCGGAAAUUGAAUUUGCCUUCUCGAGUGCAACUAGCAAUAAAUUGUGUAUUUGUUAUGGCUUUAUUACAAGUAACAUUGGGAAUAUCUACUCUCCUCUUACAUGUUCCAAAACCAUUAGCUGCGACUCAUCAGGCAGGUGCACUAGCACUUCUGAGUACAUCAAUUUGGUUGAGUCAUGAACUAAAGGGUGUCUCCAAAGUUGUAAAUUACAUCCCAAAGUAACUUAUUUUUAGUAUAGCAUUCUAACACUGCACCAUGAUGUGAGAUCUUUCAUUAGCAAUGUACAUAAAUAGUAUGUAUUUAAAGAUGUUGAAAAUAAAAUAUUUUUAAUG